AUGGUGUAUAUAUAUAAUAUACACACACGCCUAACUUUGAACAUAGCCAUAAAUCCUCAGAUGGAAACACCUUGUUCUUAUGAGACUAGUUCCAGUUGUUUAUUUGGCUGAAUACAUUGCAAAGACGAUCCCAUCUGCACACUAGCAAAGACUCCUUUUGGGAUUAACUACUUUGAGCAAAAAGUUGGGCAGAUGGGUGCAACUCCGCAAGUAACCCGACGCUCUUGUUGGGCCCGUACAUUUAAUACUAAGCAAUGUACAAACAGAUUCAACAAUUUGACCGCUGUGAACUUUUCCUGGUGAUGUGAUCCUGCAUGGAAAAAGAAUUCCAGCCUUCUUAGCUCCUCCUCUUUGUCCAGUCAGCGUGUCCAUGGAGCACAUAGCUGCAGGUUUUCCACACACAGGGAGAACAAGGGGGCUCUUCAGAACAGCUUUAAGUUAAGUUGACAUGAAUUUUUGUUUCUGCAGAUAAUGCAGGGUGUGACUUUGAACAAAGCGCAGGUUUAAGCUCGGAGAGGGAUCGAUGUCGAUGGGAGGAGAACGUAAAAGGGAUUUGGGAUGAAGCAUAGCUUUGCUAAAGUAAACGGAAAAAGGUGAGUUACCUGUGGGACACGCCCCCCUGCUCAAGUGAAACAAAUAGCAUCUCUUGCACAGCUUUCACCAUUCACUCACAUCUUGUCGUGUGAGAUGUUGUAAAUGUCACAUGGCCAAGGAAUGAGGCGACGAGGCUUUGGAUUUGACCUGCCAUGUGAAUAGCCCGCUGUUGUAAAUCCAACAAGGAGAUGGCGAAUGAUGGAGGAGGUUCGUGGUCUGCUCCAGGACCAUCACCUGCUCCCUCCAGCACCGCCUGCCAUAGAAGUGCCCUCAUAAUCUGCCUCAUCUUCUUCCUCGCCAUUGGAGUUUUUGUUGGACUGCUGAUAGCGUAUCUGAUACAGGAGCAGCAUUACUUCAUGGAGACAGUUGAGCUGAAGGGUCUCAAGCAUGAGCCAUCGUUACAGGAUCCAAACUCAGGCUUCUCCUUAGUACUGACAUCUGUGCUAAUUUCAAAGAUCAAAAAUAUUUUUGCUUCCUCAUCAGUAUCGCAUCAUUAUGUUGACUGUAACAUAAUUGCCUUCGGUAACAUGAACGGUAACGUGAUGGCAACAUUAAGACUGGUCUUCACCGUCUCCAAAUUCCAGCAGUAUUCGGAGAACUUCAUUCAGGACCUGCUGAGGGCAGGCCUCACCUCGGUGAUGCAGGGCAAUCCGCUGGAGGUCCCUGAGUUUGGAGACAUCAACGCUAUCGUCUUACUGGGUGCCAGUGGGAAAUCAUUUUACAGUAUUGGAGAUGAUACACUGGGUGAUGACAGUUGUCCCGAAAGGGCCUUCACGUGUGACAAUGGUGAGUGUAUCACCAAAUUGAACCCAGAGUGUGACUUUGUAUCGGAUUGUGCAGAUGGGUCUGAUGAAGCUCGUUGUGACUGUGGCAUGCGAAGCGCCACGGGGAAUCGUAUCGUAGGUGGCGAAGAUGCCCGACAAGGAGAGUUGCCAUGGCAGGUCAGUCUCAGGCAGAAUGGACAGCACACGUGCGGCGCCUCCAUCAUUAACCAAAAGUGGCUAGUCAGUGCCGCGCACUGCUUCGAAACCGCCAAGAACCCCAAAGAGUGGACAGCCCUAGUGGGAGCCAGUCUGGUGAGCGGGGAGGAGUCAGAGUCCAAAACAAUGAACAUCAAAACAGUGACGGUGUCUCCGGACUACAACCACAUGACCACCGACAUGGAUGUGGCCGUGCUGGAACUGGAGAGUCCUCUCACCUUCAGCCCUUACAUCCAACCUGCCUGCUUGCCAGCCCCGUCUCACGUCUUCGCUCCUGGUCAGAGAUGCGUGGUGUCAGGAUGGGGAUCUUUGCACCAGUAUAGUACUGAGAUGCCUUCCACGCUGCAGAAGGCCUUGGUGAAAAUCAUCGACUCCAAGGUGUGCGAUAAACUGCCUGUGUAUAAAGGCUCGAUCUCUUCCAACAUGAUGUGUGCUGGAUUCCUGCAGGGCAAGGUGGAUUCCUGCCAGGGUGAUUCCGGGGGGCCUUUGGUGUGUGAGGGGGCGCCAGGAAGGUUUUUCCUGGCAGGGGUAGUGAGUUGGGGUAUCGGCUGUGCCCAGAUCUACAGGCCUGGGGUUUACUCGCGGGUCACCAAGCUCCAGAGGUGGAUUCUUAGUCACGUGAACCCCAGCUUGGUUCAUUACUCCCCCAAGCAUGAGCUCACUCUGCCGGUCACUGCUCCAGCCGUGAGUGCUUCUAUUUCUGCAGUCGCCAUGGAUGUGGAAUACGCCCCAAUACUUCCUGUCUCACAUUGCAGUGGAAGCUUCCAAUGCAGUCCCACUUCCUGUAUCGACAAGUUAAAUCCAGAAUGCGACGGCAUCCCCGACUGCCCAAACCAGGCUGAUGAAAGAAAUUGCGACUGCGGUGAACGUCCCGCAUUGGGCGGCAAUCGGAUUGUGGGCGGCGUCACGGCUCGCAGAGGGGAGUGGCCUUGGAUUGGCAGCCUUCAGUACCAGAGACUCCACCAUUGCGGCGCUACUCUCGUUCACAGCAAAUGGUUACUGACUGCCGCGCAUUGCUUCAAAAGUGAUAGAAGCCCCGUCCACUGGGCAGUGAGCUUGGGCUCUGUGCUGCGCUCCGGUGUGGGAGCCGUGGUCAUCCCCAUCCAGAGGGUCAUCAUCCACCCUGAUUUUAAUGCCACCAGUAUGGACCAUGACGUGGCCCUGUUGGAGCUGCUCAUCCCGGCCCCCAUGUCACACACCAUUCAGGCCGUCUGUCUCCCUUCACCAGCACACCGCUUCUUGCACGACGCUGAGUGCUACAUCUCAGGAUGGGGAUCCAUUAGGGAAGGGGGUUCACCGACCAACCUGCUGCAAAAAGCACCGGUGAGCACCAUUGAGCAGGGAGACUGCCGGCAAUCGUACGGAGACAACCUGACUCCUCACAUGAUGUGUGCUGGUUACAUGGAGGGAGGCAGGGACACUUGUUUGGGAGACUCCGGGGGUCCUCUAACAUGUCGCGAAGGCUUCGGCCAAUGGUUUGUCGCCGGGGUAACUAGCUGGGGACACGGAUGUGGACGAGUAGGUUUUCCUGGGAUUUACACCCGCGUGACUUCUGUACGGAAUUGGAUAUCAUCAUACUUGCCUUUCUGAAGUGAGGCAAAAAUACAGCAGUGGACAUGGUGACAUUUUUGUUCAGGUCAGGUCGCUUUACUUGAUACAUCAAUCUCAGUCACAGCAGUAUUGACUUGCGUGGCCUUCGUCACGGGUGCUGUUUUUAUGCAAUCGUCUCAACUUCAUUGGGCUAUUCUCUCUUUUAACAUGUGCUGAAGAUACAAGGCCAAUCUUCAACUCUUGCUCACAGGGAAGCAGACUAUCGUGUUUGAAUGUCUUUAUUUAAAUCCAACCCAAACUGAGACGCAGGCUUGCUGACCACUUUGCUGCCCAUUGCAGCAAACGUGAUCCUCAGUAAUUAAAAAAAAGAAAGUUUUAAAUAGUUCUCGGAGCUACUGCAGCUUAGGGCUGAGCCUGCCGGAACAAGCCGCCUACUGUGGGGAGGGGAUAGUGUGACAGCUGGAAAGCCAGACAAAAGUGGGUUUUGUUCUCCGAGUUUGGAGACCUGCGAACGUCAGUGCUUUUUAAACUAAAAAUUGUAUGACUUGAAUGACUACAGCGUAUCUUUCAAAUGUUUAUGAUAUUGUAGCCUAGAAGAAAGUUUAAUGAAACAAUCAUCCAAUAUGUCGGUUUUCCUGACCUACGAUGACCAGCCACAAUUUUCUAUUACAAAAUGAAUGUAAUUCAUAUAGAGCCUAUUUUCUCCCCCCCCCCCCCCCAAAAAAAUAAUUGUUGCAACGCCACACAAUAACAGGACUGGCAUUUGUAUGUGUUCUUUAUAUGAUUCCUAUUUAUUUUGAGAAACCCAAAUGACUGUCCAUAGUAUGCACACGCCAACCUCAAUGCGGUUGUGCUGAAUAGUAUGUCAAGUCAAUCAUGGCUACUUAUCACACACACACAUACCCUUUUCAGAAAUAUUGGGACACAUACAUGGUCCGGCGCUAAACUUCUUUUCAGCCACAAUACCAGUAUAUGAAAAACAU